AUGUUUGAAGUGCGCUUGGUGAACUUGCCAAAGAAGAAGAACAUCCAUAGGGAUCUUAAAUUUGCUUCCCAACGGAUUCCUGGUAUAGUUGAGAUAGUCCCAGCUCUUUCUGGUAACAAGAAGACCAGGGACCCUGUUUGCAAGGGCUUUGCAUUUGUUGAUUACAAGUGUGAAGAGGAUGCUGCUAGGUUUGUGCAACUAUACUCUGGGCAAACUGUUCCCUUUGGUAAAAUUCAAAAGCGGAUAAAGUGUGAGCUUCUGAAUGAAAUGUCUCCAGUGUCUGCUAGUCUGGAAUCAAGCCAAGAUCAUACUAAUGAAGCUACGCCACAGCUCAUAGUCCCAGCCAUAGAAGAAAGCUCAAAUGAGGACUCCAAUAUGGAUAAUUCUGCAUUCAUUGCUUGGGAUGAGACUGCUUCAAGCUCCGAUGAAUUGGAUGCAAAAUAUAGAACAGAACAGGUUGAAGAGAAUGAAGACUUUGGGAUCUACAAAGAGUAA